AUGCGGUUCUCCGAAAAACAUCCUAUAAUCUUAGCUGCACAUCCUCUUGUGAACCUCCUCGUGCAGCACGUGCAUUUAAGAUCUCUUCACGCGGGGCCUCAAUUAACUCUAGCUACUCUUCGUCGAGAGUACUGGAUAUUGCGUGCUCGAAAUAUCGUCAAAGCUGUCGUUUUCCGCUGCGUAGUAUGCACGCGUGAAAAGGCCGCUACUCCCAAUCAAUUGAUGGGAAACUUGCUUUUGGUGCGCGUUUCUCCUCCUGCGCGCGCGUUUAUUCAUUGUGGUCUCGAUUAUGCUGGUCCCGUUUUAAUCAGAUCAAUGUCGGGACGCGGUGUCGCUUCCCGCAAAGCCUACAUCUCCAUCUUCGUCUGUAUGGCCACGCGAGCCAUACAUUUAGAAUUAGUCGAGAGGUAUUUCACUCCAGCCUUCUUAGGCGCUUUUUCAAGAUUCUGCUCCCGACGUGGCCUGCCUGAAUCAGUCUACUCUGAUAAUGGAACCACGUUUGUAGGCGCCGAUCGCGAAUUGGCCGCAUCAUUUCGAGCCGCGCUGCGCGAUCCAAAUUUUCAAAAUAGUGCCGCUUCCGACGGGGUGUCAUGGCAUUUUAUGCCUCCAUCCGCGCCUCACUUCGGCGGACUAUGGGAGGCCGGGGUUCGCAGUGUCAAGUAUCACCUUCGCAGAAUCGUCGGUUCGCACACUCUUACGUUCGAAGAGUUCACAACGAUUCUCUGCAACAUUGAGGCCUGCCUAAACUCGCGCCCUAUCGCGCCUCUCACCGAUUCCGUCGACGAUUGCGAUUCUCUGACGCCCAGUCAUUUCUUGAUCGGGUCCGCGAUUACGAUCGCGCCUGAACCCUCUGUACUGCACCUAGCUGAGAACCGCUUGACGCGCUGGCAACUUGUUCGCCAGCUCACAGAACGUUUCUGGAAAAUCUGGCAGCAGGACUACGUCAAUACCUUGCAACAACGCGUCAAAUGGAAGCAAGUUUCGAAAAACGGAAUUCGCGUCGGGUCGCUGGUCCUGUUACGCAAUUCUCUUCUUCCGUCUUGUAAAUGGGACUUAGCUCGCGUCAUCCGAUGUCGCCCGGGUCCAGACGGUUUGAUUCGCGUCGCGACGGUGAAAACCGCGACUUCCGAAUAUACUCGGCCUAUUGUCAAAUUAUGCUUACUUCCGAUAGAUGUCGAAAGCCUGGACAACUUUACGUAA